CAAAACAAAAAAGAUAUAAAAACAAGAUAUAAAUAAAUAGUUUAAUAUUUAAUAAGACAGAUUUAAAAUGUUUCAGGAACAGUCAAAUUCAAAGGAGUUUUUAAUAGGAGUUGUAGAAGGAUUUUAUGGACGUCCUUGGACAACAGAGCAGCGAAAGAGAAUAUUCAUGCAGCUUCGAAAACAUGGAAUGAACACUUUCAUAUAUGGUCCUAAAGACGACUGCAAGCACAGAGCAUUUUGGCGUGAAUUAUACACUGUAGAAGAGACUGAACAUUUAAUUGGGUUAGUCACUGCAGCAAAGGAAAACAAUAUUGAUUUUUUUUAUAGUUUAUCUCCAGGACUGGAUAUUACAUACAGUUCUGAAAAGGACAUGUCCGCUCUGAAAAAAAAAUUAGAGCAAGUGACCCAAUUUGGUUGUUCAGCAAUUGCACUACUUUUUGAUGACAUUGAGCCAGAAAUGUCAAAAAAAGACAAAGAGGUGUUUCAAAGUUUUGCACAAGCUCAAGUAUCAGUUACAAAUGAAGUAUUUCAUCAUUUAAAAAUAAAAAAAUUUCUAUUUUGUCCAACUCAAUAUUGUUCAAGCCGAGCUAUUCCUGACGUAACAAAUUCUGAGUAUUUAAAUACCUUAGGGAAAAAAUUAGACGGUUCUAUCGGUAUUCUUUGGACUGGAGAAAGGGUUAUAUCUAAAGAAUUGUCAAUUGAAAGUAUUCAAAAAAUUUCAGCUGUUUUAAAACGAAAACCAAUUAUAUGGGAUAACAUAUUUGCAAAUGAUUACGAUCAAAAAAGAAUAUUUCUUGGACCUUAUAGCGGACGUUCACCUGAAAUAAUGUCGUUACUUGGAGGAAUUUUGGCCAACCCAAAUUGUGAGUUUACCGCUAAUUUUACAGGAAUUGCUACUCUAGCUUACUGGACCCAAUGUAGCACCGAUACGAAUAUAAAAAACACCAUAUCUGAUGUCAAACUCGAGACUGAAAUUGAAGAUGGGCUUUAUUCACAAGACGUUCCGAGGUUUUUGUCUUCCCACAAUAGUACACAAAAAAUCUAUCAUCCCCGUUUUGCCUUGAUCAAUGCAAUAAAUGAAAGUUGGCUGCCAGAGUUUCAUACACCUCGUAUACAUGUCGGGUCACUUCUUAAGCCUCAUCCUCCAAUUACAAGUUGUUUUACAUUAAUUUCAAAAUUUUAAAAUGUUCAUAUUAACAUGACUUUGACCUCUGCCAAAACUACAAGCACUAUAGCUAAAUCGACGCCAGUAGUAAAUUCAACACAAUUGCAUGCAUUUGCAGAAGUGUGUAGUUCAGUUUCGGAGACCAUUUCUACUCAUAACCAAAUCGUAAUGAACUCUUUAGUUUCUCCUACUAAAGUUAUAACAACAGAAGCAUCUAUCAAACACAUACAAACAUUAGAGCCAAAUCAUCUAAAUGAUAUACCCUUUCUCAAUAAUGAAGCUGAUACAUUAGUUGGUUCAGCAGAUGUUGAAGAAACAGACCAAAACAAAAUAAACUAUGAAGCUAUGGAUGAGGAACAAUUUAGUUCUGUGAAUAAUGAGAAACAAACACAAAUAAAUGAAGAUAUUCAAAUGUAUGAAUCAUCAAAAGUAACUUCAUCUGAUAUUUUGUUAUUAUGUGAUCUCUUUUACUUGCCGUUUGAACAUGGAGAGAAAGCACUUCAUUUGUUAAAUGAAUUUCAGUGGAUAAAGUCGAACGCCCAAGUACUGAUAAGCAAAGAGGAGUCUGGCCCAGAUGCAGUUUUUGAAUGGAAGAGAAGAUCAAAUGCAUUUCAGGUUCUUUGUCAAAAAAUUGUUGAACUAACUAAAAAGAUAGCUUUUUGUGAAAAUAGAGAAAUUUGUUACGAAUUGUAUUCAUAUGUUUGGGAGGUAUCUUCAAUCACAUCAAUAUUAUAUGCUUAUGUACUUUGGCUAGGAUUAGGAAAAUUUCCACCAAAUAUUCAAUCUUUUAUACAAGGAAACUGUACGUAUUUCAGUAAGGGAUGGGAUGAAGCAUUCACAAGUGGAAAUAACGAGCCAUGGGUUUUUCGUGGAGGUUUGAUCUCAGAUUUACAAAGAUUAAUACCAAUAACGACAAAUGAUUUGUUCAACUAUAUUCAACCAGAAAAGCCUAUAACAAACUUUUAUAACAUACGAUUAUAUAAAAACAACGAUGAAAAAGAUGUUUACUCUGUUUGUCAUAGUUGUUGUUUGGACGGAUCAGAUUGUUCAGAGUUAUUUCCUUCAGGAUUAACUGAAAACAUUCCAUCAGAUCGAUUAGUGGGACCGUUUUUAACAUUGACUCCAGAAUAUUCAAUUGUGAUUGAGUGUGAAAACACAAAAAAAAUAAUUGGCUACGGUUGUGCUGGAUUGGACGCUAAGAACUUCUAUAGGAUGCAAGAAAAUAUAUGGAUCCCAGAAAUGUGUUCAAAAUAUCCAAUGAGUAUUUUAAAUAAUGAAAGUUUGAGUAAUGCAGCAAGAGAUACGAUUAACCACUUUCAUAAUUUUAAAAUUGAUUUUCCUCAAAAAGUUUUAGAUUCCCAUCCUUCUAUUAUAACUUGCUGUAUUUUAAAGGAUCAUCUUUUAAAAGAUCUGAAUUUGAGCAAGAGAUUAAUUACAGUUUUGCUAGCUGUCUUACGAUCAAGUGGAAGUUUCGGCGUGUUUUGUUGUAUUAAUACAUUUGAUAUUUUCCUAUACGAUUUUUAUACAAACCUUGGUUUCAUUGAAUUAUUAAGAGAAGAUUCAAAGAUAUAUUUAGGUCGAAAUUUCUAAUUCAAUUGUGUUCAGAUUAAAUGAAAAAAAAACAAAAUAAAACAUAUAUAUAUAUAUAAAUAUAUAGGUAUAUUUAUUUAAUACUUUUUAAAGUGUGAGAGGGACUUGGCUAUCAAAAAUAUAAUUUUUUUUCAUCAAAUGGUAAAAUUGUGUUCUCUGAUUUUCUGUGAAAAAAAAGUAAAUUUAAUGCACUUAUUUUCAGUAUGCAAUAAAUAGAAAUCUGCAUAAGCAUGCGUACCUUGUAAUCCACAAUCUACAAUCCUUACAAAAAUCCACAUAUAAAGAUUUCAUGAACAACUUCUCUCAAUAAAUAUUGACGAUGUCAUACCAAUGUGUCGUCUUUUAACAUAACAGAUGAAUUAUGAUGUAGGUUAAAUAAUUCGAGAUCCCUGAUCCAAAUGAGGCAAUGCAGUAUAUUUUUUCCUUCGUAAAUUAUUAAGUUUAUCAAUAUAUUUUUCAAAUCCUUUAGAAUUAUUCUUAUAAAUUACUUUUUGGUAUUACUUAGUUUUAACUUUUACUUUUU